GCAGCACCAAGAUGCGCAAUGGUGGCGUUUCUGAGCUGGCCGCUUGUUGUGCUGGUGGUGGUGGUGAUGAUGAUGGUCCUCGCAGGCCCAACAAGUUGUGGGGCUGCUGGCAUCGCCAGUGACCAGGCUACGGAUGCGACAAAGGUGUUCUACAACAGGGUUCCAAAGGCAGCAUCGACGGCCCUGCGAAGCAUCAUCUCUGAUUUGGCACGGCACAAACGCAACCUGAAGUUUGUCAGCUCCAAAGUCUAUGAUGAUCGCAAACGCUGGUCUCGUGAGGAGGAACGCGCAAACGCUGAACGCAUCAACUUUGUCUUUGAGACAAACUUUGACCAGCAUGUGAUUUAUGAUCAGCAUGUCAGGUACAUCAACUUUACACAGUUUGGGUUGCAACAGCCAGUGUACAUCAACAUGGUUCGGGAGCCGGCCGCCCGCAUCGUAUCAUCAUACUACUUUGCGCGAACUGGCGACUCGUCAAAGCGGGAGCAAGUGCGGCGCAAGUUGGGGGAGCAGGCAGACUGGAGCGUGGACGAGUGUCUUGCACACGGCGACAACUGCACGUUCGCACGGAACAUGGGCGGGAACCUGAUGACCAAAUUCUUCUGCGGGCACGCGGACGUGUGCAACAGGGUUGGCCCCGCUGCGCUGGAGCAGGCGCUGUAUAAUCUCGAGCACAACUACGCCGUCGUCGGCAUCACAGAGCGCUUUGAUGACACGUUAGCGCUGCUCGAAGCGACACUGCCGCACAUAUUUCGGGGUGCGGUGCGACUGCGAGAGCGCCACGGAAUCAAGAAAUCGAAUCGAAACACACGCGCGGGCCCGACACCAAACGCCGAAACCAUCGCCGCCAUCCGCCACUCUGCUCGGUACGACGUGGCGCUUUAUGACCGAGCGGUCGACCUGUUCGAGCGGAGGCUGCGCAAAGCACAACAACAACAACAACAACAACAGCAGGAGCAGCCGUUGAAGCGGCCGAGUCGCCCCCGUGAUUACGACGACGAUGACUGACGCGUGUGUAACUCUCUCAUCACUCGCUCAUCAAGAAUCGCACCAGGGGCAGUAGGUGUGUUGUGG